UAAACACACAGUCACAGUCGCACAAGCAAAUUUGCUUUUUUAUCCUCCUCCGGCGAAAGAUGACCACGGACUUCUCAAAAUCAGUAGACAUCGGACUUAGGCUAUCUAAACGUAUAUACUAUGGAAAAGAGUACGAGCCUCGCAUGUCUGCUCCGAAACCGGCGAUAAUGACCAAGUCAUCCUCACCGUCACCAUGUUCUUCCCCUCUGCCGUCGAAGCAUCAUCCAACGGCGCCGAUGGUUUAUGCGAUGAUUACUGAGCCUGAUAUAGUCGAUAAUCCAGAUAUCCGGAGCUACCAGCCUCACGUGUACGGACGUUUCAAUCCGCCGGCGUUGAUUCCUCUUCAUAUGUAUGAGAUUUCGAUGAAUAUCGAGUGUUAUUUGGACACUGCGUUUGUUACUGUUUCCGGCACUUGGCACGUCCAUUGCGUCACUGCAAGUGCUUGCUGUGAUUGCUGUAUCGCGAUUCCCAUGGGUCAGCAGGGUUCAAUUCUAGACAUCAAAGUUGAGAGCACUAAAAGAUCAUAUUCUACAAAAUUGAUUGCUUCAGGAGAUGAGAAAGAUGAUUCAGAUCGAAUAACCAAGGCAAAAGAUGGGUUCUUGAUGAAACGUAACACAUACACAUUAAGAAUUCCUCAGGUUGAUGGAGGAUCCAUUAUCCAUGUUAAAGUUAGAUGGUCUCAGAAACUGGUGUAUCAAGAUAAUGAAUUCCACCUCAGUAUACCUUUCAGUUUCCCCUCAUAUAUUUUACCUUUGAAGAGCAAAAUUCCUCAAAUGGAGAAACUUCUGGUAAAUGUGAACUCUGGUACUGGGACUGUGAUUACAUGCAGUUCUACUAGUCACCCUUUAAAGGAGGUGAAACGACAGCCUGGGGAAGCGAGCUUCUCAUACGAGGCAGAAGUUCUUAAAUGGUCCACUCAAGACUUCUAUUUUGCUUAUUAUGUAUGCUCGAAUGAGAUUUUUGGUGGUCUGCUCCUGCAUCAUCCAUCUCUACAUGAUUAUGAUCGAAGAGAUAUGUUUUGCUUUUAUCUUUUUCCCGGGGCUAACAUAAUUAGAAAGCAUUUUCGAAAGGAAGUGGUGUUUCUAUUGGACAAAAGUGGUAGCAUGAGAGCCUUCAAUGAAGGCAUUCAAUCAUUCUCAUCUUCACUGGAGUUGGCAACAAAAGAAACAAUCAGAAAUGCAACUGAAUGGAUGUGGAAAACAUUGGUUGCAGAAGGAGAGACAAACUUGAUGUGCCCAUUGAAACGGGCACUUGAGAUGGUUGGUAAAAAUGGUGAACUUAUUCCUCUCAUUUUUCUCAUUACUGAUGGUACUGUUGAAGAUGAAAGAGAGAUUUGUAAUAUGAUGAAAUUCAGCCAUGUAGAUGGAGGCUUGAGUUCUCCCCGAAUUUUCACAUUUGGAAUAGGUUCAUACUGUAAUCAUCAUUUCUUGCCAAUGCUUGCUCAUAUUGGAAGGGGAUAUUAUGAUCAUGCAUGUGAUGUAGAUUUAAUCGGUGAUCGUUUGCAACGGCUAUUUAAUAAUGCUUUGUCACCUUUGCUUGCAAAUGUAACCCUUGAUUCUUUAGAAACUCUCAAAUCAUAUGAGUUGUACCCAUCUCGAAUUCCAGAUUUGUUAUCAAGAAGCCCGUUGAUUGUAUCAGGUCGAUACCAAGGCAAAUUUCCAGAACUUGUGAAAGUUAGAGGUUUGAUGACAGAUCUAAGUAGUUAUGUGAUGGAUAUUAAAGUGAGAAAGACUUCAAACAUUAACUUAGAUAGAAUGUGUGGUAUGAGGGAGGUGGAUAUACUGACAUCACAGGCAUGGUUAGACAAAAACAUAGAUACGGAGAAGAAGGUUGCAAAAAUGAGCUUACAAAGAGGAGUUCCUUCUGAAUAUACUCGCAUAAUUCUAGUUCAGAAAGAUAAAGUAAAGCCGACCACCCUCCUAUCUCUUCUACUAGAUGAGGUACAGAAAUGUUCAAAAUUGGGAAAUGAGAAGGUGAUAUACCUGAGGAAUCCAUGUGUUGGAUUUGGUAAAUUAAAGGCUACUGCUGCAAAUCUACCUCCAGGAAUCGAAGACAUAAAGUUAAACGAAGCUGCAAAAAUGGUGGUGGAGGCUGCAACAUCAUGUUGGGGGAUGUUCAUCAAUUCAUGGUGUUGGAGAUUGAAGACUACUACAAAAAAAGCUUAUAGGACCCGGUUAUUUCAAUUAAAAAACCCGGUUUUGACCGGGUCCUAA